UGUUGAACUAAACUUAAUUUUUCGGAAAUUUGACGAAUACGGUGUAGAGUUCAAGUAGCAAUGGAAGCAAUGUUAUUUCCAAUCAUGUGGUGGACCACAUACGAAACAUAUUCCAGUAAAAUUGGAACUUCGCUUAAGUACAAUAACACAGUAUCACUGACCACGACCACUUCCACGGAAUCUUUUGCUACUACUUUUUCUGCCAACAGUCAAGCGGUCAGCUCCAUCAGCCCAUUGUCGGAGGCGACCAACACAACAGAAUCCACCAUCCACUCUCGAAGCAUACAGGUUUUUAUUUGUCUUCGCAGUUCUUCCUUCCAGCAGCAACAAUUCCGAUUGGAGGACUUCCAGUACACUCAUGGCUUGCCUAACUGUUAGAUCAACGACGGGUGGCUGUGCGUCUUUCGCAUCAACACGAAACCCUUUAAGGCUCAGCCGUAGAAUAGCAAUUUCAAUUCAUUCAGCGUUAAACAGCGUUGUAAAUGGGGAGAUUACUUGAGAGCCUACAUAUCGCACUCCCGAUCAUCUCCAAUACACUACAAAUUCGGACAGCCGCUACAACUCUGGCAGCCAGAGACCAGACAAUUGACUUUUUUCGAGCUGCAAGUCGCCUACAAAAUCCCCCAGUUUUAGCUGAGACGGUCAAUCUGGCACCUGCAUCCAAUCAGAAGCAUCUGCAAGAUAAGGGGGUCUUCCCAGCUGCAAGAGAGUCUCUGGAGCACAUUCAAUCUAACUUUCACCUAUGAGCUGCAACCCAGGCCCCACGAUCUACAGGAACAGGAAGUCAAAGGACUGAUCGGUCAAAUCUGUCAGAAAGGACAUUGCAUGGAGCGGCGAACGGGCACUCAACUGGAUAUAAUAGUGAAUAAAAUUGAUCUUCUUCUGAUUCACAAUUUAACACAUAUUAUGGAGGCUAACAACAACAACAACGAAGCCUUUUGGCAUCAGUACAGUUUGAAAUUCAUCACUCUAACCGACUCGCUGGCCAAGCUCACUUCUGGUCCUCUCGGUUACCUGCCUACCGUUAUCUUCUUCAGAAUGAUGUCACAGAACAACAGCGAUGGUAGGCUUUUCGGUUGUUUUUACACUAAUUUGAAUAUGGAUGAGUUUUACUCGCUUUACCUGCCUUUGCGGAAACUUCAAAAGAAUUGCUGUCGCGAUCUGGACCACAAACAAGUCAUACGCUUUGGUGUGGACCUCUUUACCCGAUGUGAGCUGCACCAAGCAGAGCCUCUGCUUCAAGAAUGCUGCCAGGGCCUGCAAGCCCAUACACGGGGCCAGCUGUUGCCUCACGAUUCCAGUCACCUAGAUGACGUCGCCAAGGUGUUUGUUUAUUAAUAGAAGUCCUCAUUAUCGCGACGCAGG